AUGGACUGGGACGACGAAGCACCGCCUGAUCUAGUCGGCACGGGGACUGAACAGGAGUCAGAAGAGAAACCGGUCAAAGUCCCCAUAACAAUAGUAACAGGAUAUCUUGGGGCCGGAAAGACUACGCUCCUGAACUAUAUCCUCACUGCCGAGCACGGCAAGAAAAUUGCUGUCAUUAUGAAUGAGUUUGGUGACUCUCUGGAUAUCGAGAAGUCCUUGACCAUCAACAAAGACGGUGAGUCAGUCGAGGAGUGGAUGGAAGUGGGCAAUGGAUGCAUCUGUUGCUCCGUCAAAGAUACCGGCGUGGCUGCCAUCGAGUCACUGAUGGUGAAGAAGGGCAAGUUCGACUACAUUCUCCUCGAGACAACAGGACUCGCAGACCCGGGGAAUAUUGCGCCCAUGUUCUGGAUGGACGAUGGGCUCGGCAGUACCAUUUAUCUGGACGGCAUCGUGACCCUCGUCGACGCCAAGAACAUACUGCGAAGUCUCGAUGAUCCCGCCGGAAAAGUUCAAGGCCACGAAGAGAGCGACGACGACUACGGAUCCGUCAUGACAACCGCUCAUGUGCAAAUCUCCCAUGCCGAUGUCAUCGUCAUCAACAAGUCCGAUUUGGUCAGCGAGCAGGAGCUGCAAGCUGUGAGAACGAGGAUUGAGUCCAUCAAUGGGCUGGCCAAGAUCUUUGUCACGUCGCGGAGUGUGGUGCCGCAGCUGGAGGGGUUUCUGUUGGACCUCCAUGCGUACGACAGGGCAGAGGAGUUAGACCGCCCAGGACUCGGCCACAGCCAUCUCGACAAAACUGUAUCGACGAUAUCUAUUCCUCUCCCCGAGCUGACUGAGAAGCAACAGUCGGCGGUAGAUGCCUGGUUGCGGUCGGUGCUGUGGGAAAACACCCUCCCGGGCCACAAACCAACAGAUGGGCCGGCCUACGAUAUCCACCGGCUAAAGGGCCGCUUUUUCAUUCGUGAUGGACGCGAGAAGAUCAUUCAAGGGGUCAGGGAGAUCUUUGACAUUUUCGACAGCCCUGCCCAGCAGCCAGAUGUAAAUGGUUCGCGGGCAGGGCCAGUACCACAGUCGCUCCGCAGCAUGCAGGGGGGGUUCGGAGGCCAACAACAACCGCAACAACAAUCUGGCCGCGCCGUGUCGAAUAGGUUACCGAACGGAAAGAUAGGUCCGGUAGGCAACGCGGCAGGAUGGGGGUUCGGCGGCAUGCCCAUGGGUGGAAGCACAAGUGUUCCGCCCGGUGCGGCAAGGCAAAUAGGAGGAGGGAAUGUCAGCUUUGCGCAGAGCUUGACCGGGUCGCAGCCGGCAACGCCGCUGGAUUUAUCCGAAUUUCCGUCUCUCUCGAAUACGUCCCAGCUCAAUUCAGCCAAUUCGUCCUCAAUGUGGUCAGCGCAAGGGCCCCGUACCAUUGGCGGGGGUUUGCACCGAGGGCCAGGGACUCCCCUAUCAUCACAAACGAAUCAGCAAGACGACCUCUUUUCUUCGCGCCUGUCGUCGGCCCAGGGGACUUUUAGGUUCGGCAACCAAGGGAGCGCAUCCCAGGCGUCCCAGGGGCAGGCGGGUGUGUCCGACGAGAAUUUUCCCCCGCUAAACCGCAGCGCAAACGGUGACCUUGGCGGGCAGGACAGGGGAGCCAAUUUGAUGUCGAGCUUGGGCUUUGGCGCUCAUGGUUCGGCCCCUGGGUCCGCCAUGCACGCGAACCGGGCAGGUAAUGGCUUGCUGAGUGCACUAUCAGCGACGUCACGCACCAUAGACGCUCGCUCGCCGACAGCGAUAGCGCGGCCUCAGGACGCUAGAAGUCCGGUUGGCGAAGACGAGGCGCGCCAGAAACAGGCUGGUUACCGCGAGGAUUCGGCAGACGCGGCGGGCGGAAGGAAUCCUCUCGGCGCAAUCGGCAACGACGCCCCAUCCAGCAAGGGCAAAGAGGAAGAGAAGGCAACGACCAGAGAGGUGCAAGACCCCCUUGCAGGCAUGGCGCCCAUCGAUAAAUGGGGUUUGAAGGGGCUCCGGACUUUGAUGAACAACUUCCCUGACUACAAUGCGUUGACGUGUGGGAUCGACCCAGCAACGCUGGGAGUGGAUAUGCGUUCGACAGACUUGUUGUCAACCAAGGUCUAUUCGCUCUUCGACGACGUCCCCCCGCGGUCACCAGUCCCAAAAUUCCGACUCCCCGAUUGCUAUCAAGUCAAAAACGUGCAGCCAAUCGAGGCCAAGAUCUCAAGUUUCAACGAGGAAACUCUGAUGUGGAUCUUCUACAGUUGCCCGCGGGACAUCAAGCAGCAGAUGGCAGCAAUUGAGCUUAACAACCGCAAUUGGAGGUGGCACAAGAAGAUGCAGAUGUGGCUGACCAAGGACGACGUCAUGGUUCCUCAGUCUUUGGGGCCAACGCACGAGCGCGGCUACUAUGUGGUCUGGGACACUGUCAACUGGCGCAAGGAGCGGCGGGAACUGAUGCUGCAUUAUGCGGAUCUUGAUACGACUCCCACGGUUCAGCUCCAGAGCCUAGGGGCCUGA